AUGAGCAAAAUAACUCUCUCUAUUAAGUAUGCUGAAACAUAAUUUAAAAUUGCCUUUUUAGUUAAUGAAAAGACAGUUAUUGGAGAACUAAAAUAAUUUUCUGUUGACCGUCUGAGCAAACUUUAAAAAGUAAAAGUGCCUUUUUUAUUUCAAUUAGCUAGUAAAAAUUGGUUUUGAGAAUAUACCUUUGAACUUUGAGGCUACAAAUUACUUAUUGAAAGAUAAUCUAAAUAAUAUUUUAGAUGAUGAUGAUCUUGUAUUAGAUUUGAUUAAAGAUAAUGAGAUAAUUCAAUUAAUAUUCAUACCCUCUUUAGCUAAUAGUAUUAAAUAACCUUAACCAUAAGCAAAUCCAUAACCAACAUCAUUUUAACAAUAAACAAUCCCAAUUUUAAAUUAAGUCCCAGCAUCUAAUAUUUAGAAUUAAAGUACUCAAUAAAAUUAAUCUAAUAUUGUAUAAUAAUAACCAUAAAAUAAAACUAAUAUAGUAUAAUAACCUAUUCCUUAAAAUAAUUCUAUCGAUAAAUUAUUAGAUAAAAAUUAAAUACAAGAAUUACAAGAUAAAUUUUAUUUAGAUACUCAAAGUAUAGAAAACAUAUAAUAGGAAGGGGAAGGUGAUUUCGAAUUCUAUUUAAGAUUCCUUUAAGCUAAAGAUAUAUCAAAAACCUAUAAAUUUAAAUGUAAAUUGGAUAACUCAUUGAUGUAAGUAUCUGAAAUAGUGUGCAACAGUUUAUAAUUAUAAAAAGAUCAUGUAGCUUGUUUUUAUAGUUUAAGUGGAUUACCAAUAUGUGCAUCUUUAAAUUAAAUGCACAAUGUAAUAGUUUAGGAAUCAUUAAAUAGUUUAUAGAAUAAAGAAAUGUUUGUAAUAAUUACAAAAUGUAAAGUAGGAUAAGCUUCAUUACCUAAAAUAGAUUCAGAAGAAGGAUAAUAAUAAAUAUUUAUAUAAUAUUCUGGAUCUAAAUCAAUUAAAGUUGAUUUAAAGACAACAACAGUUUUAGAAUUAAAAUAAAAAAUAUAUCAUAAAUUAAAUAUACCAACUCCAUUUUAAUAAUUAAAUUAUGUUGGUAAAAUACUAGAUAAUACAAAACUAUUAUAAGAUUAUGGAAUAUAAAAUUUAGGCAAUAUUAUUUUAACAUUUAGAGUCUUAGAUUCAUAUCCAUUUUCUUAUAGUUAUAAUGGUAAUUUUCAUCUUCCUUGGAUGAAUCAUAUAAGAGAAUAAACAUAAAUAGGAUUAUAGUAAUUUAGAUCUGUUUCACUUGUGUUCUUUUCUAAAAAAGAUGAUGCACAAAUAAUGGCAUUGAUAAGGUAGAUUUCAAUGAACAAUGCUCCACUUGUAUUAGCAUGUAAAUUAUUAACUCAAAAUUUAAGAUGUUCUUAAUUGCAAUGUAUAGCAUUUGAAGUAGGUAUGUAACGUUUAUUUUUUGAUCUAAUAAUUUAAAGUAAUAAUGUACCUGAGACAUUCUAAAUUAAUAAUAUAUUUGAAUAUUCAAGAUAUUUUUAUCUACAAUUACUUAAAUUUUCAUUAGAAUUGAAUCAAGAUUAGGUUAAAUAAUAAGAAAAAUAUAGAUUCAUUGAACUUAUAUGUCACAUUACAUUCAAAAAAAUUAAUAAUCCUGCAUAUUUAUCAGAAUAAACUGAUGAUGAUAAAAUUGAUUUAUAAACUUGUUAAUUAGUUGAUUAUGAUGAAAUAUAAAUUAAAAUUUAGAAUAAUGAAGUUAAUUAAAAGAAAAUCCCUUAUGGAUAAAUGAAAUUAUUAUAACCAAAUUAAUUGUUAGAAGAUUUUAAAUUAAUUAAAUUAUAAGAUAGAGAAACUAUGAUUUGGUUACCAAUACCUUUAAAUAAUAUGAAUUAAUUAACAAUUGAUAUACAAAAAACUUGGUAUUAGAAUUAGGUUAUAACUACUGAUACAUCUUUAAAAUUAUAUAGUGGAAUUGAAUUAAAAAAUUCAUAGUCAUCUCCAUUAUUAACAACUGGAUAAAAUAAAGAAUUUUUAAUAUAUUAAGGCAAUAAUAAAGAUGUAAAGAAUCCAAUUCUAAUAUAUAAUGUAAUUACUGGUGAUACAAAACCAAUGAAUCCUGAUAGUUUGGCUCUUCUUUAAUAAAUUGGUUCAGUAGUUUUAGGUAAAACAGAUGAUGAUACUGAUUAAAGUAAAGAAAGAGUAUUUGAACCAAAAAUUAGUAAUCCUCCUAAUGAAGCAAUAGUAGUUCUACUUGAUAUAUCAGGUUCUAUGGAUGAAUUAUUUUAUGAUAGUGAAGAUUUAACUAGAAUGGGAGUUGUUAAAGCAUUUUUUAAUACAUUUGCUGAUAGAACUAUGGCCUAUGAUUUAAAACAUGUUAUUUCUUUAGUAUAUUUUGAUAAUAGAAUAAUUGAGAAAUGUUCAUUUACAGAACUCUUUAUAUUAUUUAAAGAUUUAGUAAAUAAAGCUUAACCUAAUGGUAAAACUAAUCUAUACAGAGCUUUGAAAUAUGCUGAAAAAUCAUUAUUAACAUUUAAAAAAUAAUAUCCAAAGUGUUUGUUAAGAAUUAUUGCUUUAACAGAUGGAUAAGAUAAUGAUGCAUAUCCUUUAGAUCCAAUAAAAGUUGCAGAAUCAAUUUUAUAAAAUUAAAUUAUAUUAGAUUCUUUUGUUGUAUCAAAUGAUUGUUCAGAUUUAAAGAAAAUAACUAAGGCAACUGGAGGAUAAUGUUUCUCUCCUUAAACUAUAUAAGAAGGAUUAAAAUUAUUUGAAUAUGAAACAAUUUUAUAAGCUUCAAUUAGAUAAAAGUAAAAUAACAUAACUCUUAAAUAAUUAAGAGAUACUUUUAAAUUAAAGAAUUCAUAAAUUCAAUUUGAUAAAGUACCUAUUGGUAUUAAUUUACCAAAUGAAAUCAAUCAAUAAUCAAUACAUCCUUAAUAACUUGUUUAAGAAAUUAUAUAAGAUUAAACUAAAUUAUUCAAAUAUGCUUCCAAUAAUUCAUUAAAAAGAGUAAUCAAAGAAAUUAUGAAUUAUGAAUAACAUCCUCAUCCCCAUAUCAAAAUAUUCCCAUGUUAAGGUAAUGUUUCAUUUUGGAAAAUUAUUUUAUUGGGUCCAGAAUAAACACCUUAUGAAGGAGGAGUCUUUAUAUUAUAUUUACAAUUUGAUGAAAAUUAUCCAAAUAAGCCACCUAAUCUUAGAUUUCUUACUCCAAUCUAUCAUUGCAAUAUAAAUUCCCAAGGAAGAAUUUGUCAUAGCAUUCUAGAUAGAAAUUACACUCUAGAUACAACUAUACUUUAGAUAUUUUCAUCUAUUUUUGGUAUUUCUUUAUAUUUAUUAUUAAAUAGGUUUAUUAAUGACUCCAGAACCUGAUGAUCCAUUAGACACUACUAUUGCUUCUGAAUAUUUGGAAAAUUUGGCAUUAUAUUAAAAUAAAGCCAAAGCUUACACUUAAGAACAUGCAAAAAAACCAUUAGAUGAAGUAAUAACAUAAAUUAUUGGUGUAAGAGAUGGUUAAAAUUUAAGUGAUACAGAAAUGUAAAUCAAAAUAAUAGAAAUCAAUAAAUGGAUUAAUGAACAUAAUAUGGAUAUUGAAUAAUAAAAUAAUGUUCAAAAAUAAUGA